UGCAACGUUAAACUAUAGCAUCAACAUGUGGCGUGCGGGCCUGAACUUUCAACAUAGACAGGUUAAACUCAAAACCAGGGUUUCUAUGGACACCUCGGAUCCCUCGAUUCAACAUCGAGUGUUAGCCCACGUCAGGAAAAGUGUCAGAGCCGUCGACGUUGUUGGUAAACCACAGACCACGUACAGCGGGGAAACAGCGAAUGUCGACUUGACGUUAGCAUUUGAGCAAGACCCUGAACAAUUCUACGCCAACUUAAGACAAGCGUGGUGCACAGAUCCACCCGACAUCUCAGGAGAUGAGAGUUAUCCAUGGCUGACAACAAAUAAUGGAAUGGUACUUUCAGACAAGGGGAGAAAGGCCGCAACACACGAUGUCAUUUACAAAGGUUUCUCUCUUGGUGCGUUCCGUGGAAGAAGCACGUUUACUUGCCACUAUGAAACACGUGAUGAAAUGUCUGAAAAGCAGUUGUCAUUUGAGCAUGAUAGGAAGGAAUUAACAGUGUACUUUCGCGAAGCCUCACCAAAUGUUUUCACUCUCGAUGAUGAGUAUGUACACAGGAUGAAUAUCAGUUACAACGACUUGGAGAAAUACAUAUUAGUGACGGAGAGGAAGACCGAAACUGCAAUGUAUCUGUUCCUGAAGCACCGGGUGAAGAUAAGCCAAGCCUCUGUUCUGCACUUGGCUGACAUGAACGACAAAACGGUUUGGACCCGCAGGACAAGCCUUCGCCUAUGUCCUUCUGGGGUUUUCGGUAACGCUUCCUGCCUGAAGCUGGUUAUCUUCAAUGAAUCCCGUUGGAAUAACAUCACACAUCAGAUUCUCAGUCGGCUGUGCGGGAGAUGUGGCUUCAAGGCGCACUACCUGUUCACACGUGAAGAGAGAGCAACAACCACGCCCCCUGCCGAGCCUAGGCUGCAGGGCUUUGCCGCAGUAUACGCCAUGCGGGUUGUCCUGUCCAGAGGUUUCUCCGCACGAGAUCAGAUGACCCCAGAGCUCUGUCUCAAAUUGGAAGAACUCGAAAAGGAAAAGGGGGAAGAUGUCGUUGCGGAUGUUCUGUAUAGGAUCGUUCACAUUAUGGACCAGAACAGGUUUGUAGAUAUAUCGAAAGCAUUUGACGGACUCCUGGCCGCCAGUGACAUACAGCUGGGUUCCCAGAAGAUGUCCCUGCCGGCAACUCUGCGCUUCGUGCGCCGGGUCAUCGUCACACCCACCACUCUCUUCUUCCUGCAACCUGAAAUCAUGUUUGAAAACAGGAUGCUACGUGACUACGGCGAGGAGUUCUUCCUCCGGGUUUCCUUCCUUGACGAAGGAUUCCAGAAGCUUCAAGGUGGAGUAGCGCCGGGUAACCCUUGGAAGGAUGAGGACAUAUUUGCACGCGUGAGAGAGGUGCUUCAAAUGGGGGUCGCGGUCGGCGACAGGCAUUACAGGUUCCUCGCGGCGUCUAACAGUCAGCUCCGGCAACACGGAGUCUGGUUUUUCGCGGAUGACGGAGAGAACACAGUGGAAUCUAUCAGGGCAGGGAUGGGGGACUUCUCCGGGUGUAGAUGUCCAGCUACCUACCUCGCCAGGAUGGGUCAGUGUUUCUCCACCACAGAGCCUACAGUUACCGAUGUUGGGAACAACGCGUUCGAGAUCUCCGACAUCACAGGUGGUUACGAUCCAGUCAACUGCAAACCGUUCUGCUUUUCGGACGGAAUUGGGAAAAUUUCUGAAGACCUGGCAAGAGAGGUGAGCAACAGAACAGGCGAUAACCAGAGGGUUCCGUCAGCCUACCAGAUUCGCUACGCAGGUGUGAAAGGGAUGCUGGCCGUAGAUCCUACCCUACAGGGUGAGAUCAUGCAGUAUCGCAAGAGCAUGAACAAAUUCCGCUCACUACACGACGUCAUUGAAAUCUGUGCAACGAGUCACCCAGGGCGGCUGUUUUUGAACAGGCAAGUCGUCACGAUCCUCUCUCAGCUUGGCGUUCCUCACGUAGUUUUCCAAGAGCUCCAGGAGCAAAGGCUGUUUGAACUUGCUGACAUGUUUCUGAUGGAAACGAGCGCGGCUGAAGCUCUGUCUCAGCGGGCACAGAUGAAGGGAACACCGUACAAACGGCUCCUGAAGAUGGGCGUCCAGCUCACCACAGAGCCGUUCUUCCACAGUAUGCUGCAGAAAAUUUACAAGAGUACCGUGGGGGACAUCAGAAGGAGAGCCAGGAUAGGUAUCCCACCAGAAUAUGGCCGCAACAUGUUAGGUGUUCUGGAUGAGACGGACACGUUAGAGUACGGACAGGUCUUCAUCCAGUACACCGCAGACAUCGCAAACCAGGACGACGAAGUCCGCGUGCUGGAAGGUGAAGUGGUGGUGACGCGGACCCCGUGCUUACACCCAGGCGACGUGCGUAAGUUCCAGGCCAUUGACGUUCCCGACCUGCACCACAUGGUGGACGUCAUCGUCUUCCCCUCCAAAGGACCGCGACCGCAUCCAAACGAGAUGUCGGGAGGAGACCUGGACGGAGACGAGUACUUCGUCACCUGGUAUCCAGGUCUGAUAUUCAGCAGGCCGAAUGAGCAGCCUAUGUAUUUCAGAUCGCCUAACAAAAGAGAGGUCUCUGUGGUCACUAUAAGUCAUCUCAUCGACUUCAUUGUGGAUUACAUAAAGAACGACAGACUUGGACUCAUUGCAAGCGCACACCUUGCCUUUGCAGACACCGAGGGCAUGGGAAUCUUUUCUGAUGUGUGCAAACGACUGGCGGAAAAACACUCUGACGCUGUGGAUUUCCCAAAGACAGGCGUUUGCCCAAACUUAGACAAGACAGAGCGGCCGCUUCAAUAUCCGGACUUUAUGGGGAAAAGAGACAAGACCACAAGGCAGUCGGAGAGAGUUCUGGGCAAGAUGUUUAGGGAGUGUCAGAUGAUCGAAAAUGUCUGCACACAAGUAGAGCGAAGGGGAAAUGUUGUACGGGUGCGUCCUGACGGCGACUUGGUUGUGAGAAAUUACGUUAGUUAUGUAGAACAGGCCAGGCAAAGUAGAGACAGAUACAAUGACCAAUUGCGGUCAUUGAUGGCGCAGUACGGAAUCGAAACGGAAGCAGAGGCAGUCUCUGGUUGUAUCGUAAAACUACACAAGCACAUGGAGGACAGAUACGAAAGGUACGAAAUCGAAAGAGUUGCAAAAGUCCGCAUUGAAGAUCUACGGAAAAGAACGCGUCAAGAUUUCUUUGAAGAGUUUGGGGGAGAAGAUGCUAUCGAGUUGAAUCACCCCAAUAUUUUUGGGAAAGCCUCCGCGUGGUACACUGUCACAUACUCCGACCCAGACACAAAACUACUCAGCUUUCCCUGGGUCAUAGGUGACAUACUAGGCAUUGUAAAGACAACAUCGACUGCUAGGAUUGCCUUUUCGGAGUGUCCAGUAAUCGACAAUAUCACGCAUCAACUGACAAACGUCUAUUCAUCACAAGACUUCAUCACCGCGACCAUACAGACUUUGAGUAGAUACUUUGUAGACAAGCGAAGGACACACAUGGUUGUCCAAAUGUACGUAGGCUGUUAUGCUAACGUACUUCCUUUUGUUGCUUUCUUGCAUCAGUGGAUAACAGAGCAUAAGCUGACACAGGUUCAUAGCUCAGACUUAGUUUUCAUCAUGCUGACAGAUGCAGUCGAAGCCGGCUACAUGGUCGACUUGGGAGAAGCUCCCAAUGGAGUGACGAGAGAGUGGCUCAGUCUUACCAGAGAAAAUGUCAUCUCCGUAAGAACCAUCGUGGAACAGUGUUCGUUUGAAAACAGCUUUAGCUUGGGUGAACUCUUUGUCAAUUUCUUCAAGUACAUCAGUUCCCACGCGUUUAAGGAGUCGACUGCCCAUCUAACGAUGGGAGGAGCGCACGUCGUCUUGGAGGAGGCGAGCAGGCGGAACAUCCAGAGGGAGGCAUUGUGGACGUACCAUCUGCUGUCUCAAACGGGGGACAUCGGAGAGGUCGUCGACACCGAGGCUGUGGAUGCCGAGGAAGACUUUGUGGCACAGAUACCCCCCAAUGUGUGGAGAAAUUACGUCAAGGACAGAUUGACAGAGGUUCAACAGUCUAUCGAGCAGGAGACCGGUGCAGAGGUACAAGUUCGACAACUGACGGGGAUGAGGGGACCGGCACGGGGCCAACUGUACGCGUACGGAACAAUGGACUCCAUGAGACGUGUACAGGCAUACAUGGAACGUCUGAUCCGACUCUACAACCAUCGGCCACCGUACAGCUACAGAGGAAGAAGAUAUUACAACUUUUGAAAUGAUACUGAUGACAUUUACCCGUAAACUGUAACACUACUAAAUUUAAAUCACUCAUGGAUUGGUCUUUGUUCUUCUGCAACAGGCAUGGAAUUUGACAAGUGUUUCACCGGAUCAUCAUACUUUUUUUUUUAAUUUAACGUUAACGUUACAUCUCCUAUUUAAAUGAGGCCUAUUUUGCAACAUUUUCUAAAAGUAAAAGGAGAACAAAUCAUUCCAGCAAAAUGUAUUAGACAGUUUCUUUCCUUGAUAUCAAAUCGUAAAAGGAUACUAGUAAUCAUCCCAUC